AUGGUCAAAUCCAACAAAUUCGACUAUACUGGUCGCACAUCUUCAGGCCCGAAAUUGGGCAAAUCAAUCGCGUCAGACCUUGAGAAGCGAGCAGACAAGAAGCAGCGCGAGGCUAUCAAACUGAAUGCUCCACCGGCCAGGUUGCAUUUCAAGCUAGCCGCCUCCACCUCACGCCUCCCCAAGAAGGAUCGGCUCAAGAUCAAAGACAGAGAUCGUGACGACUGCGACAACGGCCUGAAGGAAGUUCCAAUCCACAAACUUGAUCUGAAGGUUCCUAGCAAGGCCUUGACCGAUGAUGGCUUUGCUCACCUCGCCGACGGCCUGCAGAACGCUCUGAGGACAUGCCGAGACUUGGCUUUGGUCGAUCUCAACCUCACCCACAACGAUCUCACCACAAUUUCCCUCGCUCGACUCGCACCUAUCAUCCGGGCUUCUUGCUACACCUUACAAACCCUCGACUUGUCUGGAAACAACUUCCGCGUGUCGACGGCCCUGGAGGUUGAACAGUGGCAGCUGUUCCUUCAAUCCUUCCGCUGCUGCAUGACCCUACGAAGACUCGACCUCAGCGACAACCCAUCACUCGGAUCUCGAGCCUUCGAAGUUCUGGCCCGCGUAUAUGCACGCGAGCCCCCUGUGGAGCCUUUACCUGCCAUGGGCAACCAGUCGUUCAUAACCUUGCCGGACAGCUGCUCGAUACUCAGCCACAGCAGCUACGACGGCAACCUGAUCGCAAAUGCUGAAGACCCUGACCUUCCGAGAUGUGCCAACGGAAAGACUCUUGCCGAUACCUGGAUACUCAAAUACCGCUGCGGUCUUCGUUCCAUUCCAUACCUGACUUUGCGCAAUGUCGGUUUAGACGACACAGGUGCUCUCUUCCUGUCCAACGUUCUGGAACAGCACUACUACCCUAUCCAGCUAGUCACUGAAAACAAUGCGACUGAAGCCACAUCUUCUAUUGCCACCUACCGUCAGGAUGCCAACACCAAGGGCGUCAAUUGGGACAACAAUGUGAAGUCGUUGUCCAAAGAUGGUCUCCACUUACUCCAGUGUGCCGAGAAGUCAAGGAUGAAGACGCUUCUGGGAGAUUCGGACAGCAUCACUAGCUCCUACAUAUCGGCAAGCGUGCCGGACGCAAAUGAUGCCUCGUCUCCUAGAAGGAUAUCCACUGCCAGUCUACGCCGCCCAAGUCUCCGUUUGAUACACUCUACCGAGUACAGUAUCUACGACAAGUCUGACACCAACAGUGCUCGCAGAAAGGUCCAGCGUAAUACUAUCGUGCACACUGGUUGCGAAAGUGUCGACCUGUGGCGCGCAUCCCUGGCCGUCAUCAUCGCUUCUCGCAAGGUCUUCCUUCUGGCACCUGUGUUUGAGAGAUACAAGGCUGUCAAGCCUGAGCCGGAGAUUCUCUGUGAGAUUGUUGAGCCUGUUCUGGACGGCAACGGUCAUGUUGCGCAAGUCGACGACCAGAUGAUUGGCACACCCGACGCCGAUGAAGACCGUCUCAGCAACUCCCUCAGUGCGCUCUCGCAUCAUGAGGACCCAGUGGACUUUGAAGCCGGUGUAGCCAAGCGCUCAUACGCCGCCACUCUCAUGACUACUUCGCCCGCCGAUUCCAUGAACCCGGAACCAGCCACAUCAGACUGUAACAAUCAGGCUUCGCCCUUGACCAACAAGCCCAACACCAAAAUUCUCAGAACCAAAAGCUCUUCUCACAGUCAGUUUGCUGGUUUAGAAGGACAUGAUUCAGACAGCACACAAGUUCGCGGAGACGCUGUCAAGAAAAAGGUCUGUUCCGAGGACUACGCGCGAUACCAGGAGCACAGAAUUGCCAAGCUGAGAGCUUACCACAGAGGCGAGAGUGACGGCUACAGGGAUGUCAGCCUGCGUUGCCAUCUUCCUCUUACUGUCAAUCUCCAGAUCCUCAGACUAUACAUGAGUCCUAUUGAUCUCAGUCUGCUUGGUGUGGACAAGCAGAGAAAGGCAUACACAUGGGGCCAGAAGAGGGAGACGCUGAGACGAGAGUACGAUUGGAGAAUGAAGGACGAGAGUUCUCAGCUCCUCAUGCUCCUUUCGGGCGCCGAGUGCGUUGAGUAUUGAAGUCCGUAGAACGUGGCAGAGGUACAGAGGGACAGUGAGACAGAGGAAUGGAGUGGACGAGGUCCACAAACCACGAGCUUGCUGGCACAAGAACCGAAAAUGAUAUCGAAGAAAACCAAGUCACGUAGUAGACAAACAUGAAGUCAUUCGUUUGAUAAACACACGAAUUCUACAGUCUCUGACAUGGUCGUAAAUGUGUAGGAAAUGGAAGCAGUCGAGUUUGAUAGAUAUGAGAAUUAUCAC